AUGGAGAACGUCUCAGAGGAAGAUUUACCCAUAAACGCAAACGUUAUCGGAUUGCGCAAGCAUUCUAUUACUGGACCUAGACGGGCAGUCCUUGUCAUAUCCUUGCUUACUGGACUGCUCUUUUCCAGUCUCGACACUUCGAUCGUUUCCACUUCUCUCGUAACUAUCUCGCACGACCUGAACGAUUUUACAAACGCUCCAUGGAUCGUUCUAGCAUACCUCUUGACUUAUAUGGGGUUCGCCGUUUGUGUAUCCAAACUGAGUGACAUUUAUGGACGACGAAACAUGCUCGUGGUAUCGUGGGUCAUAUUCGUCGGAUUCUCACAGGGUUGUGGAUCAGCUACAAGUAUGACAGCUUUAAUCGUAUGCCGGGCUUUCCAAGGUAUGGGAGCAUCCGGUCUGUACAGCUUGACACAAAUUGGCCUUGUAGAAGUUGGACCUUCCCAUCGUCCCAGUUUGAUAGGAGCUAUGAUUGGGGCAACGUUAGCAGUCGCCUUUGUGCUAGGCCCUAUAAUUGGCGGUGCAGUUUCUCAGCUUUCAGAUUGGAGAUGGUUGUUCAACAUGAACAUUCCAUUUGGCUUAAUUGCAAUUCUAACGAUCACGAACCUCUGGCCUCACGAAGAAGUGGCGCACUUCUUUUCCUGGAAAGCUUUUGUUAGCAUUGAUUUCAUUGGCAGCGCAACUCUUCUAGCCAGCUCUGGUUUUCUGGUAUUUGCUGUUCAGCAGGCCGGGUCAGAGACAUUUGCCUGGGGAAGCCCAGAGAUAAUCUCAGCGUUGGCUAUAUCGGGCGUGAGCUGGUUUGUGUUUGUGUGGUGGGAAGUGUACCUGGAGACAAAGCCACUGCGCAACAUUGAACCAAUCUUUCCAAUUCGGUUGAUGCUAAGACGGGUUUACUCUGCUGGGUUACUGGUCACCUUGUUUACAGGCUUCCCUUACAUUUCGCUUUCCAUCAUCAUUCCCGAGAGAUUCCAGAUUGUCAGCCGCGAAGAGGUAUUGAUGGCUGGAGUACAUAUCCUUCCCAUGCUUGGUGCUUGUGCUAUUGGCUCAUUUCUCGGAGGAGCGAUAUCCAGCCGGAGGAACAACACCUCCGUAACGCUUUUCGGGGCCUCAUGCCUCCAGCUACUUGGUGUUGGUCUAAUGUCGAUGUUGACCGAACCUGAUUCUCAUACCAAAACUCAGUAUGCGUUCCAAGCAAUAUUCGGACUCGGGGUCGGACUUUCUUUCUCCGCAGCAACUAUCAUGACCAGUAUACUUGCUGCCGAACGGAGUGAACUCGCAUCUGCACAAGGUGCGGUAGCACAGGCCCGUGUCUUGGGCGGUUGUAUUGGUCUGGCUGUUUGCACCGUCAUAUUCAACUCUCACGUCAACGAGUACCUCAAAAACCAUUUGACAUCGACACAGAUCGACAGCCUGCAUCGAUCGCCGUUGACCAGUCUGCAACUGCCGGUGAAUCUCCAAGACCUAGUCAAGGAUGUCUAUGCUGGUGCUUUCGCACAGGAGAUCAAAGUCAUGAUGCUCGUCUGUGGCGUUAUGGUGGUAAUAUCUCUAUUUUCACUUGAAAGAAGCCCUGCGCCACUGGAGAGGUUGACUGCCUUCCCUAAGGAUGAGUUCUCCUCCAGACGAGGCAGUGAGUCUGCAACUGAGAUGACCGACAUAUCGAGCAUCCACCGUUCUGUAUGA